AUGAUACUUUCCGGGACACCUGUAGCAACAGUUCGGUGUACACCCCCAAUUUCAGUCAGUUCAAGCACUAAUGAUGCUUCAGCGAGUUCGGCAAUGUUUAGCGAGCUCCUGUUAUCUUCCAAUAUCCACAUACCAGAUCGACCGGUAGUUACGAUUCGAAGUCUUUCAGCAGCAACAAGAACUCCAGCAGUUGCUAUUCCAGGAACAGAAGAAUCAGAUUUCACUUCGACAAGAAUUUUGAAUGGCAAUGUGCCAUCGGCUUUUCGGCCGAUUAUCCCAACAACUUCGUCGGAUUCGUUUGUCGUUACAACCCUCAAUUCCCUCAUUUCUCCAUCAGAUCAUGAAAGUGCUAACAGUGAACGAAAUCACCAACACCAUCAUUAUCAUCAACAACAUCACCAUCUCCACCAUCAGCACCAUCAAAAACAGCAACAGAAUGAUAGGACAGUGAAUGGAGACUAUGGUCAGUUCUGUUUUUGUCUUUUUAAUCAAGUGGUUGACAUGACAUAA